AUGAGGUGGAGCAGAACCGAGUCAGAAAGUUUUUUUUCUUCUUCAACAACCAUGACCUCUCUCUGGCUCCGCUGUGAAAAAAAGCCCUUUGAGCGACGGGCCGCUUUGACCCCGACUACUGCCAAAACUCUCCUCGAUGCCGGCUUCGCUGUCACUGUUGAGCGCGAUGAGCAACGCAUCUUUGCGGACUCGGAAUAUGAAGCUUCGCUCAUUGCUACAAAAAUCAGGCUGGCUGGUCUCAAGUGCUGGCGCGAUUCCAUCGCGGGGGGCGGAACUCUGUAUGACCUGGAGUUUUUGACUGAUCCCAGUGGCCGUCGGGUUGCUGCAUUUGGAUUCCAUGCCGGCUUUGCUGGCGCUGCUGCGGGUGCACUGGCCAUAGCCUCUCAGAAGAAAGGAGAAACUCUCGGGGCUUUAGAGCCAUAUGAGAAUGAGGCCGCGAUGGUUGCUGGUGUCAAGGCCGCAUUGGGUGGGAGUGGGAAUGGUAUCAAGGCACUGGUUAUUGGUGCACUGGGCAGAUGUGGAAGAGGCGCUGUAGACCUAUUCAGGAAGAUCGGUGUUGCAGAAGACGAUAUUCUCAAGUGGGAUCUAGACGAAACUGCGAAAGGCGGUCCAUUCGACGAGAUUCUGGGCGUUGAUGUCUUUGUGAACUGCAUCUACCUCAACACCUCAAUUCCGCCCUUUAUUACUCGUGAACGUAUUGCUGCAGCGGGUCAAGGCAGACGGCUCUCGGUUGUUGUCGAUGUCAGCUGCGACACGACAAACCCGUUCAAUCCUAUUCCGAUCUACAAUAUCAACACUACUUUCCCCGAGCCUACGGUGCCAGUUGUGCUAGGAGCGGAUUGCCCGCAGUUGUCUGUGAUUUCUAUUGACCACCUACCCACCUUGCUUCCGCGUGAAGCAUCAGAGCAAUUCAGCCGUGAUUUAUUGCCCUCUCUACUAGAAUACCCUCAAGGCCGAGUCUGGAGCGACGCUGAGAGACUGUUCAAGACUAAGGUUGCGGAGGCAGCCUCGGUAGAGGGUCUAUGA